AUUAUAGUUGCAGUAUAAACAAAUGAUAUGCAACUCUAUAUAUAAAGUUAUUUGGUUAUUAACUGUGAACUUGGUUUUCUUAUAGCAAAGAGACUUUACCUGGUGGGUUGGCAGUAAACCGAAAAAGAGCUGAGAGAGGCCUUUCACAGUUGAAGAUUGAAGUUGUAGACUUGGUCUCUGGAGAUUCAAAAGAGACUAAGCUGAGUUCAUCAAUGUUGCGAAAGCUUGAGGUUGAAAAAUGCCCAAAAACAAAGUACAGUACCAGACAUAGUAGUAACAAAGAUUUGUUGACAAUUAUAAAAACAAAGACCGAAUCUAAGAUGUCCGUUAAAGCAACUAAUAGAUGUCCAAAUUCACAUUCUUUAGAAAAAAAUUAACAUUGGAAUGAUGAUCAUGGAGGGGGUAGAGUGAGGGAUUUUGCACAUUAUACUGGAGAUGAAUAUUACUUCCUAGUAGUAGUAAUGGGUGCUUAAUUAGUAAUGCUUUAAUAGAGAUGUAACCACUUAGGUAACUUCUCUCUCUUUUUGUGUACCUUUUCUUUUGUUUCUCUUGGGCCCUUUCCUUUUCCGUAGGCAACAGAGUACAAAAGAUGUUUGCCAUUUCCAUAAAGCAUAUUUAUUAAUGUUGUUACAACAAUUAAUCUUAAAAGCCACAUUGCAACUUGCAAGCAGUGCAACAAAAAACUGUUCCAUCCAUGGAAGGUGCAGAGGAAGAACUAGAGAAAAGAAGCAAGUUUCUGAAAAGUUUAAUACACAAGAAGAAAACCGACGAACAAUCAGAGCAACAUGAACAUUUCAACAAUAAUGUAAGAGUCAAAGCUUGUGACAUGCCUGUCAUGUUGCAGAACCAUGCAUUUCGUUUUGCACUUGAUCUCUUGGAUUCUAUGCCAUCAAAGAAUCUUGACAGUAAACGUCUCGCUCUUACCCUUAAGAAGGAAUUUGAUUCUACUUAUGGUCCAGCUUGGCAUUGCAUUGUAGGUACUAGCUUUGGUUCUUAUGUCACUCAUUCUGUAGGUGGUUUUUUGUAUUUUUCCAUUGACAAAGUUCAUAUCCUUCUCUUCAAGACUGCUGUUGAACAAUUGGACCAUUCAAAACUUCCACAUGUUUGAUCUUAUAUUGUAUGCACAUUCAUGAGUUUGUUGUGACUAGCAAUACAAUAUUCUUCACUUUAGCUUUAAAAAUGCUAGUUGAUAGUUGCUUUAUUAUUAAACAAAUGAUUGUUUUAUGAAGAAUGGUGAUAUCUGAUGAUAUGAAAGA